UACCCUUAACCAUAGCCCUAAUUUAAGAUAUCUCCCCUUUCUGGGUUACUCUGCAUCUUUCUCUCUCUUCCACUUCUUCAAUCUAUCCUUCACCAUUAAUGAAACUCAGAUUUCCUAACACACAACUUCACCACACAUUUUCAUUUUCACUAGGUACAGCUCUGUGUUACCUCAAUUAAUUCUGUUCCUUUUCUUUUUCGAAAAAUCGGAAAUCUGCUGAAAUCCCUAACUUUCUCUCUCCUCGCCGACCCUUUCUUUCUCCGGCCAAUUGGGCGGCCCAUUGAAUCAUAUUUUGGGCUCAUUUCCGUCCCAUUGGGCUCUUCUUCUUCCUCACUGUAACAGUUGAUAUUGGGCCGGGCGACGGAGAAGCCAGUGUUGUUGGAGUCAAGGAUAAGGUUAAGUACAUUACGUGACUAUUAGUGGAAGCUGUAAGUUAGUGAUUGCUUAUCAGUGGCAUGAAGAGAAGCUUUCAAGAAUUCAGACAUUUUCCCUUUGAUUUAUGGCGGAUAAUUCCUUGACUGUUCCAGAUUCUCUCAUACUCACAGAUCAUUCUCUAGUCAUUGGACAAGAAUUCCCUGAUGUUGAAACAUGCCGAAGAGCACUGAAAGAUAUUGCAAUAGCAUUGCAUUUUGACCUCCGGAUAGUAAAGUCAGACCGCAGUCGCUUUAUAGCUAAGUGCUCGAAGGAGGGCUGCCCGUGGCGUGUUCAUGUUGCAAAAUGUCCUGGUGUUGCUACUUUUUCUAUUAGAACACUGAACACAGAGCACACUUGUGAGGGAGUUCGUAAUCUCCAUCAUCAGCAAGCAUCAGUUGGCUGGGUUGCAAGGUCGGUAGAAUCACGAGUGAAGGACAAUCCACAAUACAAGCCCAAGGAAAUUUUGCAAGAUAUUCGUGACCAACAUGGAGUUGCUGUAUCUUACAUGCAAGCCUGGCGCGGGAAGGAACGCAGUAUGGCUGCCCUUCAUGGAACAUUCGAAGAUGGAUACCGAAUUCUUCCGGCAUAUUGUGAACAAAUCAGGAAAACUAAUCCUGGAAGCAUUGCCACCGUUGUUGCAACAGGACAAGAAAAUUGCUUCCAGAGACUCUUUGUCUCUUUUCGGGCAUCGAUUUAUGGCUUCAUAAAUGCUUGUAGGCCACUCUUAGAACUUGACAGAGCACACUUGAAAGGAAAAUACUUGGGCACGAUACUAUGUGCUGCAGCUGUUGAUGCAGAUGAUACACUUUUUCCUUUAGCAAUUGCUAUUGUUGAUACGGAGAGUGAUGAAAAUUGGAUGUGGUUCAUGUCAGAGUUACGGAAGCUUUUAGGAGUCAAUACAGAGAACAUGCCUAGGCUUACAGUACUAUCUGAAAGAUCAAGGGGUCUUGUCGAAGCAGUGGAGACACAUUUUCCAAGUGCUUACCAUGGCUUCUGUCUGCGAUUCAUCAGUGAGAAUUACCGUGAUACAUUUAAGAAUUCAAAGUUGGUGAAUAUCUUCUGGAAUGCUGUGUAUGCAUUAACUUCAGCUGAAUUUGAAAGCAAGAUAUCUGAAAUGAUGGAGGUAAAUCAAGAUGUUGUGACAUGGUUCCAGCAGUACCCACCUCAGCUUUGGGCAGUUGCAUAUUUUGAGGGAGUCAGGUAUGGCCAUUUCACAUUAAGUAUUACAGAGCUGUUGUAUAACUGGGCUCUUGAAUGCCACGAGCUUCCAAUAGUUCAAAUAAUGGAACACAUCCGCCACCAGUUGGUUACAUGGUUUGACGAACGGCGUACCCUCGGCAUGAGAUGGAAUUCCAUUCUAGUACCAUCUGCUGAAAAGAAAAUCUCAGAAGCAAUUGCUGAUGCACGUUGUUAUCAAGUGCUUCGUGCAAAUGAGGUUGAGUUUGAAAUUGUGUCCACAGAGCGUACAAACAUUGUAGAUAUAAGAGCUCGAGUUUGUUCAUGUCGGCGUUGGCAACUUUAUGGCAUACCUUGUGCUCAUGCUGCUGCUGCUCUCAUCUCUUGUGGUCAAAAUGCUCAUGUUUUUGCUGACCAUUGUUUCACAGUUGCAAGCUACAGAGAGGCUUAUUCUCAAAUUAUAAUUCCUAUUCCUGAUAAGAGUCAGUGGAAUAAUGAGCCAGGUGAAGGAGUUGCAGAGGGUGGUGGAGGUGCCAAACUUGAUAUCGUAAUAAGGCCGCCUAAAACUCGCCGACCACCUGGUAGGCCAAAGAAGAAGGUUUUGCGUGUUGAGAAUUUAAAGCGGCCAAAGAGAGUAGUCCAGUGUGGUCGUUGCCAUAUGUUAGGUCAUUCUCAAAAGAAGUGCACAUUGCAACUUUAAUACUAUAUUUAUCUUCCCUUGUACAUCUCGCAGGAUUGUGAUAGAAUUGGUAGUUUUGUUGUAUCCUUAAAUGUCUCUCCAACAGUUGUAAAAAUUAACUUAUGGGGCUUUCAACUUGUAGUCAUGGCACUAUGUCAUAUCUUCAACAAUUUCAUUAAGAUA